AGGCCCUCAUCUGUUCUAUAUUUACGGUCUGCUCCCCCAAAUAUUCCAAAUUUAGGAAAAAGAGAGGCAGACACAGCGAGUGUGGUGUGGGGAAGGAUUGAAUGGGAUCGGAAACGUUUCUGGAAGUAAUACUAGCAAUACUGCUUCCCCCUGUGGGCGUCUUCCUCCGCUAUGGCUGCGGGGUGGAGUUUUGGAUAGACUUGCUGCUGACGAUACUGGGAUACAUUCCGGGGAUUAUCUAUGCAAUUUAUGUUAUAGUUGGAUAGUAUACUCUCUCUCUCUCUCUCUCCCUAAAAAAAAUAAUUUGAUGAGAAUGGAAUGGAUGAGGUGUUGAAGAUGUGGUUUAAUAUAUAUACAUAAUUUGAACAUCCGGGUGGAUGGAUGGUUGGUUCUUUCUUCUUAAGUUUACCCUCUGAUCAGUGUAAUUAUAUGACAUGACAUGAGAUGAUGCGUAAUUCAUGUUUCGGUCAAUUGUGAAUUGAAGCAAAACGUUCAUUUC